UCAGCGAGAGCUAGGGUUCUUCUUUUUGGCUUCUCGGGAUUGAGAGAGAGAGAGCUCGCGCUCGUCAUGGCGGAGGUCGAGGUGGAGUACCGCUGCUUCGUCGGCGGCCUGGCGUGGGCUACCGACGACAUCAGCCUCGGCGAGGCAUUCAAAUCCUUCGGCGAUGUCAUCGAAUCCAAGGUGAUUAACGACCGGGAGACCGGCAGAUCUCGCGGAUUUGGCUUCGUCACGUUCCGCGAGGAGCAAUCCAUGAAGGACGCGAUCGAAUUGAUGAACGGCAAGGACCUGGACGGGCGGAACAUCACUGUUCACCAGGCACAGCAGAGGCCCGCCAUGAGCAACGCCAACAAGUCGAGCCGCUAUGGCGGAUCGAACAACUACAGUGGUGGUGGUGGUGGCGGCGACCGUGGCUACACCAACGAGCGAGGCAGUGGUGGCUACAGCGAUCGUGGCGGCUAUGGUGGGAGGAGGAAUGGUGCUGGUGCUGGUGCUGGUGUUCCUGGCGGUGGUGGCGGUGGCGGUCCCGAGACAGGGAAUGGUGGUGGUGCUGCCGGCGGCGGUGGACGCCGCUAUGGCGGUGCUCGAUCAGAUGGCCGCUCCGACGUUGACAAUUGGAGAAGAAACGAGUAGUCCCGGAUCGAUCAAGCUCGACUUCCAAGCCGAGAAGAAACUUACGUACGCGUUCUAAUUGCCGCUGUUGGUGUGAUAUGGUAUGAUACAACCGGUGGAAUACAAAGGUAUGGUCUCUCUUUCGAUUU